AUGGCGACAGAGCUUCCUAAACUUUCCGAAACGCCUUUCUCGGGCAAGGUGGUGACAAUCACAGGGGCAGCUUCCGGCAUCGGCCUGGCGACGUCGUUGCUGCUCUACGAGCGCGGAGCGACCAUAGCAGUGUCUGACGUCAACUCGAAGGCGUUGGCAGAGCUCGAACAAAGACUUGGAACCCUACCCGCCCGAGAUAGGGGCCAGCGGUAUAAGACUACACCGGUGGAUGUCAGUGACGCUGUCGCCGUGAGCGCCUGGAUUGAGGAGACGGUGAACACGUUCGGCCGACUGGACCUGUGUGCCAACAUUGCAGGCGCGGGUGAAACCGUCUGUAACCUGGAGGAGAAGAGCAGUCAAGACUUCGAUUUUGCCGUCAACGUCAAUCUUCGCGGAGUCUUCAACUGCAUGCGGGCUCAGCUGCCCCAUCUCCAACGGGGCAGUGCUGUGGUGAAUGUCAGUUCCGGCUCUGGGGUCAAUGGAACCCCCGGCCACAGUCUCUACUCUGCGGCCAAGGGCGGGGUCAACACAAUGACCAGUGCGGCGGCCAAAGAGUAUGGGCCCAAAGGUAUUCGCAUCAAUUGUGUGGCGCCAGGUGUGACCCUGACUCCCGCCAUGUUGACUGUCGGUCGAGUCUUCCUGGAACCCUCGGUGGCCGCGACGCCGCUGAGACGAGGUUCUGAGCCCGUGGAGCAGGCUCAAGCCAUCUCAUUCCUCCUGAGUGACGAGGCCAGCUUCAUCACGGGGGUGAUUUUGCGAUGCGAUGGCGGGUUCGCCGCCACGGGGCAUUAG